AUGGCAACUCGCAUCCAGUUCGAAAACAGUAGCGAAAUCGGCGUGUUCUCAAAACUCACCAACAGCUACUGCCUAGCUGCAAUCCAAGGCAGUGCAAAUUUCUACUCGGCCUUUGAGGCUGAGCUUGGCGAUGUCAUUCCCAUCGUCCAUUCCACGAUCGGCGGUAUCCGCAUUGUUGGGAGAUUGACUGCAGGAAAUAGACACGGUCUCCUCGUCCCUUCAACAACGACUGAUCAGGAACUGCAGCAUCUGCGCAACUCCCUUCCUGACGCCGUGUCGAUCCAGCGAGUCGAAGAACGUUUAUCUGCUCUUGGAAAUGUCAUCGCUUGCAACGACUACGUUGCCCUCGUCCACCCUGACAUAGAUCGUGAAACGGAGGAAAUAAUUGCUGAUGUUCUCAAGGUUGAGGUCUUCAGGCAGACCGUGGCAGAUAAUGUCCUUGUGGGGAGCUAUUGUGCGAUCUCAAAUCAGGGGGGACUUGUUCACCCAAAGACGAGUGUUCAGGACCAGGAUGAACUGAGCAGCCUUCUACAAAUUCCCCUCGUGGCUGGUACUGUCAACCGAGGUUCAGACGUUAUUGGUGGAGGUCUCGUCGUGAACGACUGGUGCGCGUUUACUGGGCUUGACACUACCGCCACAGAGAUUAGUGUUAUUGAAGCUGCAUUCAAGCUUCAAGGACAAAGUUCUUCAGCUGUCAUUGGACAGAUGCGGGAUUCUCUUAUCGACAACUGGGCAUGA